AUGAUGGUGAAUACGUUUGAAUUGUUACUUGUUGAUGUUAUUUUCGAAAUAUUUUCUUAUUUGUUUGCUGUUGAAACUCUUCAAUCAUUUUUAUCAUUAAAUAAUUAUCUUUCAAGAAUAAUUAUGUAUGAAUAUUUAUGGCAUAUUCAUAUUGGUGAUAAUAGAAUGUCAUUAUCAAUGUUCAAUAAUUUAUGUCAAAAUGUAUUAAAACGAUUAGGACAUCGAGUUAUUUCAUUACGUAUUACCUUAACUAAUGUGAUUGGUGGACCAAGAAAUAGAAGGAACAUACCUUGUCCAAUGAAAAUUACAAGUGAGUAUUUGUUUCUACCUUCUGAUGAAUUAUAUAUUAGCGGUGAUCAAUGCGACGAAUGUUUUACAGAACUUGGUAAUUGUGGAAAUUCUCUAUCAUCAUUAGUUCCAUGGGCAUUACUUAAACAAAUUACUAUUGAUUGGAGCUAUUCUGUUAAUACUGCUCAAUUAGAAGCCAUAUUAAGAGUAGCUCAUAAUGUAGAUACAUUAGUAUUGAUUGAUAAUAUAGGUCUUCUAACUCGAGUGAUACUUCAUAAUACCGAUCAAGUCGGAAUCCGUGUUAACCAACCAAUUCGAUCACUUUGUACGAUUAAAGAAACAUUGAGAAUGGUUAAUAUUCAACGUUUUUGUGAAUCACUAUGCAGUCGAUUAUCUAAUCUAGAAGAACUU